AUGAGAGGAGUUUUCAUAAUUAGAAAAAAGCCUCAAAUCAAACUCCAAGCAACGGAGAAAGUCGGGCGGGUUCCUCAUCCUGAAUGGUUGAGGCGGGGUUUUUGUGAGGCUGUGAGAGAAAGUGGGUUAUCUGAUUUUGGGAUUGGGGGGUGUCAAUUUACUUGGGAGAGGGGGAGAGGGACAACACAGUGGGUUAGGGAGAAGUUGGAUCGCGUGUUGGUUUCUGGGAAUUGGCGUGAUGCUUUUCCUAGGGCCAGAGCUUGGUCGGUUAAGGGUACAAGUAGUGACCAUUUGCCUUUGCAUUUGUGUACGAAUUGGGGAGGAAGGAGGAGUGUUGUUCGUCGACCCCGGUAUGAAAAUUCAUGGGGGAAAGAGCAGGAGUGCAAGGAUUUGGUGGAGUCGGCGUGGUACCGUGAUGGUGCUGCUCCGAUUAUGGAUAGAAUCGAACGGUGUAGUCGGGAGGUGUGGCAGUGGGGGAGGAGGAGAAGUAGCGGUGAGAGGGAGGAGCUUAAGAGAUGUAAGCAGAGGAUGGGGGAGUUGCGAAAUGCAGGGGACAAAAGGAGUGUGUGGGAGUUUGGGGAAGUGCAGCGAAAGUAUAUGGCUCUUAUUCAGAAUCAGAGUGAUCACUAG